AUGGCAUCGCAGCCUUCUCCGUUGUCGUCAUCUGUCAGCGCGUACCGCACAGCCGCAUCACCUUCUGCCGCUGUGACUUUAAGUGGAGGUGCUGGCGGCAUUCGACUGGCGGAUCUCGUCGGUAAACUGAAUGCAUCACCGGCAUCUGUUCCGCCCGAACCCAGCAGCAAUGCCUUGGUGUUUUCACCGAAAACAGGAGUAGCGGCAGCACCAGCACCAGCACCAGCACCAGCAGAGGAGCGGAAGCUGCGUGCGUCACCAGCGACUACAAAGGCCGCCACUAUCUCCACUGCUGUCCCCCCGAACAACACUAUUAAUAACAACAGCAACACUAAGAGUAACAAUGGCUCCAGCGGUGGCAGCAGCGUUAACAACAACAACAACAACAGCGGCAGCGGUGGCGGUGGCAAUGCUGCAGCCAUGGCUGUGCCGCGGUCUGGCACCAGCAAAGACAACAAUAGCAGCGCCAAGCCAAAGGUAGUGUUCACCAUUCCGCGAGAGAUCGCGAAUGGCGAGUUCGUCAUUCGCCGUGGUGAGGCGCUGCCGUUCUUCCGACGGCUGAUGAAGAUGCGCCUCUCGGAGGAGCUCAACAAGGCAGUGGCACGUGAGUAG